AUGCCCUCCGCCGACACCGCGCUCCUAUGCGCGGCAUCCUCUUCACCCAUAGAUCUCACCGCCCUCCGCACAGCCCUGGAGGCCGGCGCGGACCCCGAUACGCGCGACAAGACUGGCCGUACAGCGCUCCUCAUUGCGUCGCUGGCCGACGACAUCCCCGCCGCCAAAGUACUUCUCGAGGCCGGUGCCUCCCCGAACGCGAUGGACGAGAUGAGGCAGACUCCAUGGCUCGUGACCGGCGUCACGGGGAGCGUAGGGAUGCUCGAGGCCAUCCUCCCCUACAAGCCUGAUAUGAAUCUCCGGAACCGGUAUGGUGGGAUCAGCGUGAUUCCCGCUUCGGAGCGCGGACAUGUUGAUUACGUUAGCCGGGUGGUUCAGACUGGCAUUAACGUUAAUCAUGUCAAUCACCUGGGAUGGACGGCGUUGCUGGAGGCCGUCAUCCUCGGUGAUGGGGGAGAGAGGCAUGUUGAGAUUCUCAAGAUUUUACUCGACGCUGGAGCGGAUCCCGGGAUUAAGGACAAGGAUGGGGUGAGCGCACUCAAGCACGCCCGAGAACGUGGGUAUGCUGAGAUGGUGCGCGUGCUCGAGGGCGCGGGUGCCCCUGAAUAA